AUGAAUUAAAAAUAGAAAUCCCAAUCAAAAGAUUUUGAAAUAGACAACACAAAGGAUGAAACUCCAGCUUAAAACAUUAACUCAAAUUUUAUUAAUUCAAGUUCUGAAAAUUAAAAUGCAAAAACAAAGCAUUAAUAGAAUAUAUUCUCGAAAGAAAUAUAGCAAUUAGGAACUAUAUACAAUUCUUAUCGAGUGAUAUUUUAAUUUUAUAGCACUUCAAACUAGUUUAAUUAAUAGAAUGGAACUGCUUUAAAUGAAUAAGGAGCAAAAAGCAAAGAGUAUGUUUCUAUCUAGCAAAACGAUAAAUCAAUUAAACAAAACAUUGAAGGUAAUUAAGAAUUACUAAAACAAAACUCUGGAUAUCAAUCUGCUUAAGAUGAUUAAGAUAUAUAAUAAUAUUAAGAUUAAGAUUAAGAAUUAGUAAUAAGGUAGAAUACUUUGUUAUUAUGUUAAUAUGCAUUUAUAUAAGUACUAAGAUAAAUGAUAUAUAAUUCAAUUAUAACCUCAAGUGAUAAAUUAUAAGAUAAAAAAGACUUAGAUGUUUAAAUUUCUAUUUAUUGUCAAUUGAGAGGAAUUUUAAAGGGAGAUGAUCUUAAAACUAUGAAGGAAUAAGAAGAAGAACUAUUAUAAUUUUUUGAAGAUUGGUUUGAAGAUUGGUUUGAUUUUGAAGAAGAAAUUUCAUAGAUUUAAAAUAAUAAAAUAGACAAAUAAGAAAUUAAAAAUAUUAUACAAUCUUAUUUUUAAGAAAAAAAAAAUUUAGAAUUUGAAUUUGAUUUUGAAAUAGAAUGUUUGAAUUAUUUCUUCGAAUAUAUUAGAUCUAAGAAAUAGGAGGAUCUAAAAAAAUUAAAAGAACUUUAUUCAGAAGAAGAAACUCUUAAUAAUUGGAAAAAUAUAAAGGAUUAAAUAAAGGCUAAUAAAAUCUAAAUUUUUGUUAUGUUUUUAAAAAGAAAAGAAAGAGAUCCAUAAGAUAAACUUGUAUAAUAUUACAUAAAAUGGUGGUUUUAAUGGAAUAAAACUUGUGUUUUUAAGAAAGCUUAGUAGGAAGCUAAUAAAUUAUGA